AUGAAGUUGGUGAUCCAACGCGUUGCUCGUGCCACCGUGACCGUGGAGAACAGUGAUGCAGGCACUAUAGGCCCAGGCCUGCUGUGGCGCUUUGCCGUAGCGCCCAUCUCCAUCCACUGCGCAAGUUUGGUGAUUUUGCUGGGCAUUGUUUCGGGAGACACUGUGGAGCUGGCUCAGCGGCUGGCGACCAAGGCUCUGAAGCUGCGCCUCUGGCCUGAUGUCAGGGAUGCUUCGAGCUCUUCGAGGAGCUGGGCCACCUCUGUUCUGGACAACGGCUAUGCCGUACUGGUUGUGAGCCAGUUCACCCUGUUUGCGACGUUCAAGGGUACGAAACCCAACUUCAACCGUGCCAUGGGUGCCAGUGAGGCCCAGCCCAUUUACGAAGCCUUCGUGGCCACCUGUGCGAAGGAGCUGGGAGACGACCGGGUGAAGACGGGCGAGUUUGGCGCGGAUAUGAAGGUUGACCUCUGCAAUGACGGGCCCGUCACCGUGGAACUUGCGGGCACGGCAAGGUCUGCACGGCGCUGCACGAAGAGAAGCCGCCCAUCAGGCCACUUCUGUGGUUUAAGUGCGAGGCGCAUUGGUCAGAGCUUACUCAUACUCAGCGCAACGAGGUUGCUCUGGAGAUACAGCUCCGAGAUGGGCGCUCCAGCACAGCAAGCGCUGCGACCAGCAUGGCCACUUCUGAGCGGAGCAGCGGCAUAUCGGUCAAGAAGCCUUUCCAGACGGCCAUAUUCGUACCCUUCGUUUCGAGUACAGUGA